CCACCAACAUUGAAUGGGAGGUUAUAAUUAGUUUAAUCUGCUGUCAGUGAGCUGUCAAAUGAUGAUUAAUAAGAAUUUUAGUUGUAAAAUGUAUUGACUGUUAUUACCGCGUAUCGGGUUACUGAAAAAUUUAUUUAUUCCAGAGUAUAGAUAUGGAUCAAUUUGUAAAGAAGUAAAAUUCUAUUUUGGUUAUACUGUGAUCCGUUUUUCAGUACCUAAUGUCGCAAUGAACAUUAGCAGACAAACAAUUCUUUAUCUAUCGCUUUCGGUCAUUACUCGUAUAAGUUAUUACUGAAGAAGCUUAUUCACAAAAAGCUACAGGCAUUCCUAAUUCGUGCGGAAAUCAAGAACCGAUAUCAAAAUGUCUGUCAUGUUGACUGCGGAUUGGUUUCCCCUCGGAAGGGACAAGUACUUUAGGAAAUUUGAAUUGUACCCUGUAUCAUUUCACCAAGAAGUGAGUAAUCAGAAUUUUAUCGCUGCUGCACCUUACGGCGGUCCUAUCGCAGUCACACGAGACCCGAACAAACUUGUCAAGGUACAAGGCGCGAGCAAGCCAAUCAUUUCUAUCUACUCGUCAUCUGGGAAAUUAAUGGCACCGUUGCAAUGGAACAGUGGUCAACUUGUUUUGCUUGGCUGGUCCCAUCAAGAAGAACUGCUCUGUGUGCAAGACGAUGGAAUGGUUUUAAUCUACGACAUGUUCGGCACCUAUCAGCAUGCUUUUGGCAUGGGAAAUGAAGCCAAGGAAACUAAAGUUGUCGCAGCCAAAUUUUUUCCAACUGUAAACGGCACAGGAGUCGCUGUGCUAACAUCUACAAAUAGAAUUUUCUUGGCUAACAAUGUGUCCGAGCCUAAGGUUAGACAGGUUGCUGAAAUUCCAAAAACUGGGGGCCCAAUUGAUUGCUGGUGUAUUGUUCCGACUGAAAGAGAUAGCCAUAUAGUCGCUGCUAACCAAGAGGGGAUUUAUCAGAUUCAACAUAUGUACCAAAAACCAUCUCCGAUUCCCUUUAGUACGUAUUUUACUAACAAAGUCAACAAUGUUAUAAGGAUGGCUGUAUCGGGAAAUAAUAAGCACAUUGCACUCUACUCGGACACUGGCUGUCUGUACCUUGGCUCAGUGGAUCUGAAGAAAAAGUACUGCGAAUGCUUCACCAAUAUCACCGAUCCGCUUUCUGACAUCGCUUGGUGUGGUACAGAGGCAGUAGUUUGUUGUUGGAACAGUGUCCUCAUGGUAGUGGGAAGAACAGGAGAAACAAUUAUGUACACAUACGACGGACCAGUUCAUCUUAUUACCGAAAUUGACGGCGUUCGCGUUCUGUCAAGUUCAUCCCAUGAAAUGAUACAGAAGGUUCCAAAUGUUGUGCAAAAAAUAUUCCGCAUAAAUUCAACCGAUCCCGCGUCUUACUUACUUGAGGCUUCUAAGCAGUUUCAAAAACGGUCUCACAAAGCCGACAGCUAUAUUGACCUUGUCAAAGAAAAACUAGACACAGCUAUUCAAGAUUGUAUCGAAGCGGCCAGCUAUGAGUUUGAUUUUGAGACACAGAAGCUUCUUAUGCGGGCUGCAAAAUUCGGUAAAGGAUUCAGCAGAAAUACUAAUCCUGAUGCUUAUGUCACUAUGUGUCGUCAGCUAAGGGUUUUGAAUGCUGUUCGCCACUACAACAUAGGAAUUCCAUUGACAUACACACAAUUACAGGUUCUCUCUAGUCUAGUAUUACUCGAUCGGCUGGUUGCCAGGAGGCAUUAUUAUCUGAGUAUACAAAUCGCUCGUCACCUUCAAUUACCGGAAGUGGAUGGGGAGAGUAGAAUAUUAGCUCACUGGGCAUGCUACAAGGUGAAACAAACGCAACUUGACAAGGAACAGAUUGCAGAAGAUAUAGCUGAUAAAUUGGGUUACGCUCCAGGUGUUUCCUACAGUGAGAUAGCUAUCGAGGCAGCAAAUUGUGGCAGAAAACAGUUAGCUAUAAAACUAAUCGACUAUGAACCUAGAGCGCAAUUGCAAGUACCUCUCUUACUGAGAUUAGGCGAAGAACGUGCAGCUCUUUACAAAGCGGUAGAAAGCGGAAAUACAGAUUUAGUUUAUACAGUAAUUUUUCAUUUACGAGAGAACAUGCCGCUAGCUGACUUCCAGAGGUUCAUCAUGCGCUCUCCAUUGGCGAUGGCAUUGUACAUAAACUAUUGUCAGGGUCACAACAGAGAAACAUUACGUGAUAUUUACAGUCAGGACGAUGAUUUUCACUCUCAAGCAUUAUGGUUUAUCAGAGAGGGCUAUCAGCAAAAGAAUUCUUUGUCAAGAGAUACGUACUUGCAGUCUGCUCACGAAAACUUUAAACUAGCUCGAAAUGACUCGAAUGCAGCACUCACAGAGGAACAAGUAAAGCUGUUACGUUAUCAAAGGUCCUUAGCAGAUACAUUGCAUCAGUCAGUAGUGGGAAAACCUUUACACGAUACUGUCAAGCUUCUACUUUUGCAAAAUGAAAUUAAACUUGCAGACAAACUUCGUUCCGAAUACAAAUUACCUGACAGAAGAUAUUGGUGGUUGAGAAUUCAAUGUCUAGCGGAAAACGGUCUAUGGAUGGAAUUAGAAAAAUUUUCGAAAAGUAAAAAAUCACCUAUUGGUUACGAGCCGUUCAUAGAAGAAUGUUUGAAAUACAAAAAAAAUGAUGAGGCAAAAAAAUAUUUGCCCAGAGUAAGAGAGGAGUUGAAAGUAAAAUACUUUGCCAAAGUUGGCAUGCUUUUGGAAGCGGCCCAGAUAGCAUUAGAACAGAAGGACCAAUCAGCUUUGGAAUUUGUAGCGGCUCAAUGUGGGCCUGCAGAUAAACAAGUAGCAGAAAAAAUUAAUGGCAUGAAAGCCAGUCUUUGAAACGGAAAAUAAAUGGUAAUCGAUAUU